AUGGCCGCCGAAACUGUUGGCAAGGAGAAAAACCUGCGUGUCCUGUCACACGUGGAGGAUAAUGAUGGCAUCGACAUCGAGCUCGAAAAGAACGGAGCAAGGCCGGCGUUGAAGCUUGAUGAGCACGGCCUUCCUCUUGUGCCCCAGCCUACCGAUCACAAGGCCGAUCCACUUAACUGGCCCAAGUGGUACAAGUACUAUGUGCUCUCCUUACUGUGUCUCCUCGCUUUCUGCGUUCAAUUUGGGGCUGGCAUGGUUCCUGCGGCAUUCGGAGUGAUUGCAAAGGACUUCAAGGUUACGCACCAGCAAGCCAGCUACCUGACGACAUCCUACACGCUCCUUGGUGGUGUCACCCCUCUGCUAUUGACGCCGUACGUCAAUCUGUAUGGUCGGAGACCUGCCUAUCUUAUCUUUACUUUGAUCGCCAUCGGUUCGAAUGUUGGGUCCGGAUACGCUUCGACAUAUGCUGGCGAGAUUGUCAGCCGAUGCUUCGUGGGUAUUGGUGCUAGUGUUGCGUUGGCUAUUGGUGGCGCCACGAUUUGCGACAUGUUCUUUCAGGGUGAACGUGGAAAGUAUAUGGGCUUUUACGCUCUGGCUGUCACCAAUGGACCCCAUUUCGGUCCCAUCGCUGGCGGCUACAUCGCAUUGAAUCUUGGGUGGAGAUGGAUCUUCUUUAUCAACGCCAUCAUCUUCGGAGCCGUCCUGGCCAUCUUCUUGGUCUCGUUCCCGGAGACGCUCUUCUCGCGCACCGACUUCAGCAAGCUCGAGAACCAGACUUACUGGCACAAGAUGGCGUUCCGCGGCAAGGUCCUGGACCGCAAGCUGACCCUGUCCGACUUCUCGGCAAACUUCAAGAUGCUCAAGUACGUGGCGAUCUGGAUCCCAUGCAUCUACUACAUGACGACCAACACGUACGGGUCCAUCGUGUUCGUCCUCACGGCGUCCUCCAUCAGCGAGAAGCUCUACGACUUCAACACGGCACAGAAUGGUCUUUUGCUGGGUAUUCCGCUCACGCUGGGCUGUCUGAUCGGCGAGUCCUGCACCGGAUGGAUCUCGGACCAGUUGAUCAACCGCUACGCGCGCCGCCACGACGGAUACCGCAAGCCCGAGGCGCGUCUGUAUCUGUGCUUCCUGGGCCUCUUCUUACCCGUCGGCCUGAUCAUCCACGGCCUGUGCGUCAACAACAAGACCCCCUGGAUCGGUCUCGCCGUGGGAAUGACGGUCGCCAGCGUCGGCGUGCAGGCCGGCACCACCCUGACCUACGCUUACUGCACCGACUGCUACAAACCCCAAGCCGCCGAGGUGUCAACCAUCAUCAACCUAUUCCGUCAGAUCUUUGCCUUCACCAUCGGCUUCUACGCCCUCCCCUUCGGCCAGAGUGUCAGUUUUGGAGCUGCUUGGGGAACCUUCGCCGCCAUCAACUUCGUGACUUGGUUGGGUCUGCUGUUCCUCAUCUGGAAGGGUGAAGGUAUCAGGAAGGCCCAGGGUGAGCCGAAUCUUCACAAGGAUUUGUGA